CAGAUGCAGAGCUGUCGCCACACUCAGUGACAGGUCAUUCUUGUGAACCCGUGCGAACAUGGCACGUCUCUAGGACCAGACACCGCUGCCACCAUGCCCUGUAUGGGCCAUCAUCUCCCGCACCACACUUGAUGCCAUCACAGCAAGCGAACUACAAAUCCAACAGGCUGGAGUGCAUCUGGAGGAUGGGGAAUAUGAUGAGAGGUGUGUGUGCCCGGGACAAGAUCGACACUCAAAACCAUGUCAGCUCUCAAAAGAGUUCAGAAGACGUCAUGGUGGUGGUGCUCCAGGACUACCCGUCUCCUCAGAUCAGCGAGCCCAUCUACAGGAUGGGAGAGAAGCUCAGAGUCCUUGCACAGGGGGCUUAUUGGUGGAGAGUUUGCUCUGUCCAAACAGGGAAGGAGAACUACGUACCAAACAACCAUGUGGCAAAAGUCUUUCAUGGUUGGCUGUUCGAGGGGGUGGAGAGGCAAAAGGCGGAAGAGCUGCUGCUUCUUCCUGCGAACAGAGGGGGCUCAUUUCUGGUGCGGGAGAACACUAGGGAGAGAGGCACGUAUUCACUCUCUGUGAAGCACAGGAUCAUACAGCACUAUCGUAUCUUCAGACUGGAAAACAGCUGGUACUACAUCUCCCCCCGCCUAACUUUCCAGUGUCUUGAGGAUAUGAUCAACCACUACUCUGACUCAGCAGAUGGCCUCUGUUGUGCAUUAACCUCCCCCUGUCUGUCGGGCACGACCCCACAAGCAGACUGCGCUCCGCCUGUGGCCAUGCGACGCAACUUUGACUGGAAGAAAGUAGACAGGAGACAGCUGGUCAGCACAGACAGCUGCAGUGACAACGGGGUGAGCUAUGGUGUCAGAAACAGCAUCGCCGCCUACCUGUCCUUCUCUGAGAAUCAGCAACAUGCACAAACACGGGCAAAGAGCAGGAAGAAGAAAAGUAAAUCUGUCUAUGCUCUCCCUGACAACAGCUUCGCCAACAACGACUAUGACGAUGACUUAUAGAGGAAGCAGUGGAACGCCUUCCAGUGGAGGGCAGUAGGGAGAAUUCCCUUUCAGAAAUCUCUCAAAACUUUGUGAAGUAGAACUGGACAAUAGUGCAAUUGAAAUGUGAUGUGUAUUCUGCACACGAGCCGGAGGAGCAAACACCCUGCCAUUGUGAUUGUGCAAAGGAGACUUGAAAGCCAUGGGUGUGGUUCAUUAAUUUUACGAGGAUCAAUCGCUUAUAAACUAUCGCGCCUGUUCCAACCUGUGUUGUUGAUGAAUGUUGAAUGGUUUAAAGGCCAUAUUGUAACAAGUGCUUAAACUUGCGUUGAUGAUCUUGUUGCCUCUCUAAGAUAUAAAGCACAUGCAGAGCAACAACAGGAACAAG